GAUCUUGUGGCAGCAGCAAUCUCUUUUGAAAUGCAGCAAAUGUUGAUUCUCGUAUCCCUGGGACUGCUGGCCAGUGUGGCAGCCAAGCCAGCUGUGGAUCCAGCACUGUUUCCUUCGGCCUCUACUUUCGGACUCUAUCCAGGAUCAGGUGGACCUUUUGCUGGCGCCUAUGCUGCUGGUCCCUUUGCUGGCGCUCCUUUGGUUAAUCCUUUGGGUGCAUCUCCCCUGGCCGUAUCCAGCAGCCAGCGCUUGGACUACUUUAACCAGUUUAAUGCCGCCUUUGCUCCGACUGCUCCUGCCCGCAUCCUGGCUACUGCUCCAUUCCCUGCAACUGGCGCCCGACUCAUUCAGCCAACUCGUUUCCUUGCUCCUGCAGUGGCAGCACCAUUUUUCUUUUAGAAAGCAUUGAAAUUGUUCCUUAUUUUGUCGUGUUAUUCAAAAAUAAAAGUACAAGUUGGUU